AUGGUAAAUGCUUUAAUUCUUUAUCAGAGCGUAGCCAAGAAGAAGAUAUCAGUACUGAAAUUUAGAAAAGAAAUUAUGAAGAGUUUUGUAGGUUUCGAUACUGAUGAUACUUCAUCAAAUCAAAGAAUGAGAAGAGUAAUGCACCAAUUGAAGAAAAAGGAAGGACCUUCAAGUAAAACUCGCCGUGCGUACCAACAAUGCUAUAAGAAUAUGGUGGCUUCCCAAGGAAGUUUAAUCGCUAAAAACAAAACUAAAAAAGUUAACACCUUUUGUGCUAAUUGUCCUGAUGAACCCUAUCUUUGUGUUGAAUGUUUCACAAAAGUCCAUUAG